AUGGCAAAGACGCGAAGCACUUGGCUUCCCUUCCUCAUCUUGGCCACCAGCUGUGCCAGAUCGAUUGCAAGCGCCAGUUGCACCAGCAGCGCUUGCCGGGAUGAAGGCGAUGAGCAAGUGUUCAUGCAGCGCAAGCCGGUGGCUGGACUUGAACACCAUGGAGCUGGGCUCAGCGACGGUCACGGUGACAAAGGAGGAGAGGGGCAUUGGAGUGCGAAGAUUGCUUGGUGGUUGCCUGCUGUGAUCUGGCUCGGUCUUCUCCUUUGGAGUUCCAAGUCGACCUCAGUGUGCCACUGUUCUGACAAACCAGAUCUCUACCAGGACACCGAUGAGUCUGCACCGUCUCAAAGAGUGGCGCAGGACGCCACCGAGGCCCUUCGGGCAGAUGUGAAGGCUUUGGGCGCUUUAUGGGAGAGGUCGAAGCUCUCGUCCACACCCCUGCGCCAGGUGAUGUUGCGCUUCUGUUAUCUCCGGAACCUCAUGAGCAGCCUCUACGGUGUCACUUGGGUGCUGCUGUGCUUGCUGGGCAACGGUGGCUUCGCGCUCCUGUUCUUGCAAGCGGACUGGAGCAGGCGGCUUGACGGCCAUCAUUGGAUUGAUGGUCUUCAACUCGUUUUGGGUGGAGCUGCUCUGGCAUUGGCCACACGCAGCGAGGCGCAGCUUCGAGUGAGGUACGCCGCGCAGGGCCAGCGCGCCGAAGCGGCCUUGCUGAGCCUGCUGUGUGGGAAGCUGAAGCGCUUAGAGGCCAGGCCGUUGAGCGCCAGCGAGCUGCUGGAGAUGACGGGCCAGGUGCGAGAGGAGGAGGAGGACGAGCAGAUGCGCGAGGGCGCGGCCGCCGUGGCGGCACAAGUGGCCAAGGGCUCCGUCCCGGGGCUGGAGGAGUUUGACAUGGAGAACUACGAUGAGGAUGAGGACGAAGGCAUGCAAUUCUUCUCGGUCCUGGACGCUGACGGCGCGCUGGCGCGCGAGCGGGACCCCCACCUGACGGGCAAUCCCGACUCGGAUUCGGACUCCGAGGGCGAGGUGGAGAUCCGUGCGGAAGAUCACGUCUUCGUGGCCGCCAGCUGCGAGGAGGAUUGCUGCACCUUGGAACUGUAUGUCUUCGAAGAAGAAGAGGUGAACAUGUAUGUGCAUCACGACAUUAGCUUGGGAGCCUAUCCUUUGUGCGUGGAAUGGAUGGCCCGAAGCUCCGCAGGAGUGGAGGGGUGCUUUGCGGCCGUGGGCUCCAUCGAUCAUUCGAUUCAGCUGUGGAACUUAGAGGAGCCAGACCCUUUGGAGCCCGUGCAAGUUCUGGGCAGCGCACGGAAAGCCAAGGGCGCGAAGAACAAGGCCAAGAAGAAGAAGAAGCCGCCCGGGAGCAGCGACGUGAAGGCGCAUGAGGGCCCCGUGCUUUGCUUGCAUGGAAACUCCUUUAAUACUGCGGUGCUGGCCAGCGGCUCGGCGGAUCGGACGCUGAAGGUCUGGGACGUGGGCGAAGGCUCCUGUGUCCACACCUUCGAUCACCACUCGGAUAAGGUCCAGUGCGUGAAGUGGCACCCCACGGAGCAGGCGGUCUUGUUGAGUUCGGCCUUCGAUGGCCAGCUGGGACUCCUCGAUGUGCGACAGCCCAAGCAGGCGGCCCUGGCCGCGUUGAAUGGAGAGGCAGAAUCUGCGAUCUGGAGCCGGCACAAUCCCUACCAGUGCUAUGCCAGUACCGACAAUGGCGCCGUGCGCUGCUACGACGUCAGAAAAGUGGCCAACAAGGCGGAUAAUCCCGUCUUGUGGACGCUGAUGGCGCACGACGUGGCCUGCACCAGCCUGCAGGAUGCGCCCGCGAAGAACUUGUUGGUCACUGCCGGACUCGAUGGGCACGCGAAGGUUUGGAACUUGGCCAGCAGCCCUCAGAUGGUUCUGAGCAAGAACCUGCAAGCCGGGCCGAUCUUCACGUGCCAAAGCAAUGCGGAUAUGCCUGGAUUGAUGUGCUUUGGGGGCAAAUGCCCGGUGAUGUGGGACCUCUCCAGUGAGCAGGUGCUUCUUGAUGCCUUCAAGCUUGACACCGCUUAA